UUGGUAAAAAAUAUAGGGUAAUAUGGAAAUAAUAAUAGCCUGAAAAUUUUAAAUAAUUUUGCUGGGCAUCAUUAAUUUAAAACACUUGGAGAAAUCUACUAGAAAAAUAAUUUUGUCAAAUUUAAAGUUCAUUAUUACUUAACAGUGUGAUAUAUUGUUUAAAACUUGUAUAAUUUGCAGUAUGAAAGUAUAAAUUACAGUAAAUUUUUAUAAUUGCACCAUAAUCCCCUAACCUAACGUAACAGGGGAGCUGCACCCCCUCCUGUGGAUCCCCUCACCAAGGAUAUUAAUCUAACCUGGACUUCCCUCAGGGAUACUAAUCUAACCUAACCUAAUUGUACUAGUAAAUCAGCAUUUUUCAUUUCUACCAACUAUAAACUCUACAUUCCCAAAAAUCCCCACACUUGCUGGGGAAGAGCUGAAUAUUGAAAAAAAUGUGCAUUUCCCAUGGAAACUCAGAGACAUAGUUUCUUAGAAUCCAGUAAGGUAUGCAAAAUUCACAUUCCCAAUGAAUGUUGUAGAGUAUGAUGAUGUAAUUCUAAAAUAAUACCUAAAUUACUGAUGUAUAAUUUACAGUAUGAAAGUAUAAAUUACUUAUAUUGGUUCUACAUAAUGUGAGAUAUAUGAAUGAAACUAAGGGUUCACAAUACAAGAGUGUUACUUAACAACCUGUCACUCUUGAAAAUACUAGUGUAUUCAAGCUUCUAUCUGAUCGCCAGUACAGGUUCUGUCAAAGCCGCUCUACUGGUGAUCUGGCUUUCCUUACUGAGUCUUGGUCAUCCUCUUUUAGAGAUUUUGGUGAAACUUCUGCUGUUGCCUUGGACAUCAAAAGCUUUUUGAUAGAAUCUGGCACAAAGCUUUGAUUUCCAAACUACCCUCCUAUGGCUUCUAUCCUUCUCUUUGUAACUUCAUCUCAAGUUUCCUUUCUGACUGUUCUAUUGCUGCUGUGGUAGACAGUCAUUGUUCUUCUCCUAAAUCUAUUAACAGUGGUGUUCCUCAGGAUUCUUUCCUGUCACCCACUCUCUUCUUAUUAUUCAUUAAUGAUCUAAACCAAACUUCUUGUCCUAUCCACUCCUACGCUGAUGAUACCACCCUGCACUUUUCCACGUCUUUUCAUAGACGUCCAACCCUUCAGGAGGUAAACAUUUCACGCAGGGAAGCCACAGAACGCUUGACUUCUGAUCUUUCUAAAAUUUCUGAUUGGGUCAGAGCAAACUUGGUAUUGUUCAAUGCCUCAAAAACUCAAUUCCUCCAUCUAUCAACUCGACACAACCUUCCAGACAACUAUCUCCUCUUCUUCAAUGACACUCAAUUGUCCCCCUCUUCUACACUGAACAUCCUUGGUCUGUCCUUUACUUAUAAUCUGAACUGGAAACUUCACAUUUCAUCUCUAGCUAAAACAGCUUCUAUGAAGUUAGGCAUUCUGAGACGUCUCCACCAGUUUUUCUCACCACCCACAGCUGCUAACUCUGUACAAGGGCCUUAUCUGUCCAUGUAUGGAGUAUGUUUCACAUGUCUGGGGGGGUUCCACUCAUACUGCUCUUCUAGACAGCGUGGAAUCAGAAGCUUUUCGUCUCAUCAACUCCUCUCCUCUAACUGAUUGUCUUCAGCCUCUCUCUCACCGCCGCAAUGUUGCAUCUCUAGCUGUCUUCUACUGGUAUUUUCAUGCUAACUGCUCUUCUGAUCUUGCUAACUGCAUGCCUCCCCUCCUAACACACCCUCACUGCACAAGACUUUCUUCAUUCUCUUACCCCUACUCUGUCCACUUCUCUAAUGCAAAAGUUAACUAGUAUUCUCAAUCAUUCAUCACUUUCUCUGGUAAACUCUGGAACUCCCUGCCUGCUUCUGUAUUUCCACCUUCCUGUGACUUGAAUUCCUUCAAGAGGGAGGUUUCAAGACACUUAUUCAUCAAUUUUUUACUACUGCUUUGACCUUUUUAGGGGACUGGGAUUUCAGUGGGCUUUUUUUUUUUUUCAUUGGAUUUUUUGCUGCCCUUGGCCAGUGUCCUUCUUACAUAAAAAAACAAAAAAAAACAAUGGGUGUCAUACAUAAUGUACAAACAGUAUAAUACAAUAAUUUUGUAGUGCUUUUAUAUGCCUAUUUUUUUGCAGAAUGAUAAUAAUAUUGAUUUGAAUAUAACAAAAGGUAGUAAUGUUUUUGUGUGAUAUGAAAACCUACACUCAUUAUAUUCCAACAUUACAAACAAAUAAUACAAGUCUUUUGUAUGUUGUAAUGUGAAUGUUGUGGUAAAACUGGCUGUGGGGUCGUGAGGCAAGGCUGUCAUGGUAGAGUCUGAGUCCAUGUUACUGCCCAAAUUGCAAUUGUAUUCAAUUGUGACCUCAUUGGUAUUUGUCAUCCAGGAAUCUUAUGUGAAAACAUGAUGAGAUGUACAUUUUACGAAUUGUGGACAUUAUUGCAUGGAAAUAAUGAAAAAUAACACCUAGUAACCGUACACUGCAAUUAUAGCAUUAUGGAAGACGUUACAGAUUUAUAUAAACAAUUGUGCAAAAAACAUAAUAUAGAACUACAAGAAUGUGUUCAAAAAGCAUUAACAGGUGGUCCAGUGCUGGAUUUGUCCAGCCAGACUCUGGAUGUUGGCACAUGUGCUGUGGUGGGGAAAAUGUUGCAGGUCUCUUCAAAAUUUGAAGAGGUUAGUUUUGAGGAUUGUCUUCUGAAAGAGGAUGGUAUCAAGUCUAUUCUCCUUGGUCUGUGUGGCAAUUCCUCUGUGAAGACAUUAGUCCUUAAAGGAAACUGCAUUCAAGGCAACAGCACAGAUGCUUUGGCCAAGAUGCUUAGGCAUAAUUCAAGAAUUGUCAGAUUGUCACUGGAAUGGAAUAAUUUAGGGCUGCAUCCAGAGUCAUUUGGUUCUUUCUGUGGGGCUCUUGUCAAAAACUCAUGUGUGCAGUACUUGGACCUGAGAAGUAACCAGCUGGGUGGAGAGGCAGCAUCUGCUCUUGCUCAAGUUUUGAUGAGAAACUGCAGCUUACUAUCUCUCGAUUUACGCUGGAAUACUCUUGGAGUAGCAGGAGGUAAAACCUUGUUGGAAGGUCUGCGUAACAACAGAACCCUUACACUACUGAACCUAAUUGGAAACAGUAUCACCAAUGACAUCAUUUCGACAAUUGAUAAUCAGAUUAGUAAAAACAAGCUUUUGUCUCUGAAAGAAAGAGAGUAUAUAGGACAGACAACUUUGCUGAAGGAGCAGCUAGAGAGACAAGAACAACACUCCUCUCAGCAAGUCAAGCAGUUAGAAGAUAACCUAGCCCAAAGAGAUAAGGCACUGAACAAGACCAUACAGGAAGGGGAGUUUCAGACUGGAAAGUUGCAAGAGGAGCUUUCGAGCAAGUCCUUAGAGUUGGUGGCAUUAAGAACCAAGUAUGAAUUGAUCACCUCAGCUCUCCACCUGAAUCAGGAGAGAGUGUCAGUUCUGGAAGAGAGGAAUUGCACUCUACAAGAGGAUCUAAAGUCUAGUCAGGAGUCAGCCACGUUAGAAAAGAGCAAAUUGAAAGAAGCUCUGGACUCUGCACGGGCUCAACACAGUGAGGAGGUUCAUGCAUUGCACACCACUAUAACUCAGCUGCAGACAAAGAUUGGUGAGCUGACUGCAGAAUCUGAAAAGCAAAAACAACAGACUUUUGACCUCAAAGAAACCACAUGCUCCUUACAAGCAGAAAUUAAAGGUCUUAAAAUGGAGUGUGAUGCAUUGAGGUCAAAAGAACAAACAAAACACAAGGAAAUGAUGAAGAACGUUGAAAAACAGCACAGUGCAGAAGUCCACCAAUUAAAGAUGGAUCACCAGCAGGUUGAGACAGAGAUGAGGGGGAAGCUUGCCAGUAUUGAGGCCUGGAAAGCUGAAGCUCAAGCUGAGGUAGCCAGUCUUCAGGUGCAACUUUCUACUGAAAGAAGCUCAUCACAAGCUCAACUGCUGUCUCUUAAAAAACAUCUUAAAGCUGAACAUUUUGCAGUUGUUCGAGGACUGGAGGAGCAGCUACAGAUGAUGGAGGAAAGUCGUGGUGACGCAGAAGAGCGACUCCGGAGUCAGGUGGCAGCGAAUUCAGCUCUUCGAGCCACCAACACCAAGCUCAGUUCUCAUAUACAUGCACUUAAUAAUGAUAUCACUGAGCUGCAGGCAAAAGUGGAGAGCAGGGAAGGAGAAGUGAAAGUAGCUGAGAAACGUAUUAGAGAAGAGUUUUCAGCUCAAAUUGAAGACCUGCAACAAGAGUGUAAACAGAUUCCAAAACUUAACAGCAUCAUCUCAGAACAGAAAAGACUAAUAACUGACUUAGAACAUGAGAGUGACCUUCACAAGCGAGAAGCAAAGCUGAAAGAGGAGGAAAUGAAGAAGGUCCGUGAAGAUGAAGCACGGAGGGUUGCCAUGCUGCACUCUGCUUUUGUGUCAUACUUCAAUUCCUCACCUGGAUCACCAUCAAAGUUAAAUUAAUGGCCUGAUGAAGAAUGGAAAUUAGAGGGAGGAAGGGGUAUAUGAAUAUCUCAUUUCAACAUGGCAUACACAUCCCUGCUUCAGAUAAUGGUACUGAAUCACUUGGUCCUCAAACUUUAAG